AUGCAAGGCCGUGACAUGAUCGGACGUGCUAGGACUGGAACUGGAAAGACGCUUGCUUUUGGGAUUCCAAUCAUUGACAAAAUCAUAAAAUCAACGCUAAACAUGGGUUUGUUAAAGCGUGGAAAGAAUCCUCUUUGCUUGGUUUUAGCUCCAACGAGAGAGCUUGCUCGUCAGGUUGAGAAGGAGUUUACAGAGUCUGCUCCAAGCUUGGAUACAAUUGGUCUAUAUGGAGGUACACCAUUCGGACAGCAAAUGUUUGUUAGUGUGCUAAAUCGGUACGUACGAAGAAGAAAGAAGACCGGUCAAGCAAACUCGGAUGACGUGUAA